AUGGGCGAAAUGGAUGAUGCGGCACAAGCGAAAGAUAGCGCGACUGACGAUGAUCAAAUGAAGAAUUUUGUGAAUUCCGGACGUAGUGGAAGACGGAAUGCUGUUCCGGAAGUAAACGUGCAAGGGAUAGAUCCGGAUGCUACAAAACUUGCAGAACGUUUAUCGUCAAUGAAUACAGUUGGUCAAGAUAAUUGCAGCAUAAUUGAUACCACAGGAAUGGCGAAUGCGCUGCCAAAACGUAUUACGAAAGAAACGCUACGUCUGAUGAAUGAUCCCGUGCCUGGGAUUUCCGCAAUACCCGAUGACAGUAAUGCUCGUUAUUUUCAUGUUAUUAUUGCUGGUCCUGAAGGCAGUCCAUUUGCUGGUGGUGUCUUUAAAUUGGAACUUUUCUUACCGGAAGAAUAUCCGAUGGCUGCACCGAAGGUUCGAUUUAUGACCAAAAUUUAUCACCCGAAUAUCGACAAGUUGGGACGGAUAUGUUUGGACAUUCUGAAAGAAAAGUGGUCACCGGCACUUCAAAUACGUACCGUUCUACUCUCGAUCCAAGCGUUACUCUCAGCACCAAAUCCAGACGAUCCAUUAGCGACAGAUGUUGCGGAGCGAUGGAAGAAUAAUGAAAGUGAUGCGAUACGCACAGCGCAAGAAUGGACACGUACUUACGCAACUAGUAAUUGA